UGGCGAUGUGAUUGGUCGGCCGAGCUGUCAGUCGUCGGUGAAGUCGGCCGGAGUUUGCCGGGUAGUCGGUGGCGGCUCCGUUGCUGCCGUGACGGGUGGUGAAGGGAUCGGCGAGCGGCGGCCGAGAGAUGGGUGUAAUAGGCGUUCAGCUUGUUGUGAGUCUACUGAUGGCUUCUCUCAUGCAGAGACUGGUGCCUCAUUACUCCAUCGGUCGCUGGUUACUCUGCAAUGGCAGUCUCUUCAGAUUUAAGCAUCCAUCAGAUGACGAACUUCGAGCCCUAGCCGGAAAGCAGAAGCCGAGGCUGAGAAGAGACAGGAGGCAGAAUGGCGUCACUGAGAACAAACCUGAGAUGGUGCCCAAAGAUAUCAAGCUGUCAUUGGAAGCAACACCCAUCAAGCCUCUGGAUGCUCUGGUGUUGCGCUACUUCCUGGACUACCAGUGGCUGGUGGACUUCGUCAUGUAUGCAACCCUGGUCUACAUGUUCACAGAAGCGUACUACAGUCUGCUCAACGUUCAGGGCGAGAUCAACGUGGGCAUGCUAUGGUGCCUGCUUACAUUGGUCUUCGGAAUUAAACUUCUCUUCUCUCUGAUGGCUCACUACUUCAAGACUGAGGAAGGAGGGGAGCGCUCUGUCUGCCUGACCUUUGCUUUCCUCUUCGUCCUUAUUGCCAUGUUAGUACUGGUGGUGCGCGAGGAUUAUCUGGAGUUUGGUCUUGAGCCAGGCUUUUCUAACCUGUACGAAAACCUGCAGAUGUUUUUCAGGCAGCUGGGACUGGGUGAUAUCUGGCCAUACUCAGUAGCCAGGUUGAUCUUUAAGCUCUCACUGGUUGGAGUUUCCUCGUUCAUUGGAGCAUGUUUAACAUUUCCAGGCCUGCGGCUGGCACAGACUCACUUAGACGCUCUCAGGAUGACUGCAGACAAGCCCCUAACACAGGUCCUGUUGUACGCAAACUUUCUGUCACCCAUUCUCGUGUUGUUGCUCUGGGUGAAGCCAAUCAGCAGAGACUUUGUUAUCAGUGCUCCAUUCGGGAAGGAGGAGGUCCAACUGCUGUCUGAUUCGAUGUACAACACAAUGCGCCUGUGGAUAAUCCUGGGGCUCUGCACACUGCGUCUUCUGCUGACCCGCUAUCACCUACAGGCCUACCUUAACCUGGCCGAGCGGUGGGUGGAACUGAUGAGGAGGGAGGCCGGCUGCAUCUCCAUGAUCGAGAUUCAGCGGAAGAUUUCCCGAGUGUUCUGCUACCUGUGUGUGGUCACCGUGCAGUACCUGGGCCCCACCAUUCUCCUGCUACACUCUACUCUGCUGCUUAAAGUGUUGGGGGACUAUUCCUGGGGUUGGUACCCGGAACCUCCUGGAGUUUCACCAGCCAUUGAUGCCAGUCCACGGAACUCGGGCUCUGCACCUGGCGAAGAAGACGAUUAUCGAAUGGCAGUCUCACAGAUCACAGCAGCACUGGGAGCCUUACGGAAUGUCUUCACGCCACUCUUUUACCGGGGACUCUUCUCCUACCUGACUUGGUGGCUGGCUGCUUGUCAGGUGGUGACCAACCUCUUCGGCCUGUACUUCCAUCAGUACCUCAUGGGCUCAUAGGACGGCGGGUAGCUCAGCUACGGGACCGUGUCUGCUCUCUCGAGUGCCUUCGUUCUGUCAUGUUGGACCACAGGCGAACAGUCCAGCUUAAACAAAGCUUCUUACUUCUUGAGCCCCAUUAGUUUCUUCACUUGCCCCACCCUCGCCCCUGUAUGCGCUGACUGCUGACUCCCACAGAUACGUACUGUCUCCUCUUUGCCUGUGGUUAAGGUAUAGACAGCAGCUUGCUGUAACUGAACUCGUUGUGCUUUGUGUGGAAGAGCCAGAUGCCCAUACACUCAGGGCAAGGUACUGGAUGUUUGUCUGAUCAGGAGGAGCUGAACUGUUGGCCUCUAUGUUCACUCUUCCAGGCAGUUGUUCAUUUAAUGUUAAACACCUGAGCUGGUUUUUUUGUUCAGCAUGUUCUAUUCUCGGAUUGGAAAGUGGUGUCUGUGCUUCUCCAGUGAAGGUAUCACUAGGGCAGUGAAGGGUGAAAUUGUUUGGUCACCCACAUUGUGCAUGACUCUGUGUGGGAAUGGGCAGAAACCCUGGGAGGAGUAGCAUGGAGAUCAGACUCUGGCUGGACAGAGCAAUUGAAUCUGAAAUAGACUGAAGGGUCUCACUUGAAUCUGAAAUAGACUGAAGGAACGCGGCAGGUCAGGCAGCAUCUAGGGAGGGAAAUAAACAGUCAUCACUUGGGCUGAGACCCCUCAUUAGCUGCUGAAGAAAGAUCUCUCUCUCUCUCUCUCUCUCUCUCUCUCGCUCCAGAGAUGUUUGCAUUGGGGUUUUGGCAAAGUGAUGCAUUGUUUCAGGUGAUGCUGGGGCACAAGAGAGGGUUGUGGUCAGGUCAGGCUUGUUACAGUGGGCUUGCAUCUUCACCAGACCUCUGGAAACUGCCAUCCUUGUCCUGUGCUGACCAUGAACAUGAUGUUUACUCUUUCCAGGGCCGCUAAGUGCCUGUAGAUCUGUGGGUGUGCUCUGGGUAACACGGAACAUUGAAUAACGCAGCAGAGGAACAGGUCCUUCAGCCCACGAUGUUGUGCCAAGCCAAUUAAAUUAGGAAUCAAAUGGCCAACUCUUCUGCCUUCUCAAUGUCCAUAUCCUUUCAUUUUGCUCACAUUCAUGUACCUAUCUAAAAAUCUCUUAAAAUUCUGCAGCUACCUCCACCCCAAGCAGCGCAUUCCAGGCACCCACGUUCUCUGAGUAAAAUAAUUACCCCUCACAUCUCCUUUGAAAUGACCCCCUCUCACUCUAAGUGCAUGCCCUGGGAAAAAGAUGCUGUGCUUCUCAUAAUCUUAUCCAACUCUUUAUCAGCCUCUGCCGCUUCAGAAGAUAAGGGCAUCCCAAGGGUAUUAGAACAUAUGGAAAUGACAUAAACCGUUACAACCCCAUGUCCUCUCACCUGGCAGUAGUGUGGAAUGUUGCUCGGUGGUUACUGAUGUGACUGGUGAGGGAGAGGCUGACAUGGGCAGGGGAAGGUUAGCACAGAUAAUCAAUCCACUGUCCCCUCUCCUGUUAUACCCUGGGCAAAGAUGAGGGUUACGGUUAUGAACAGGGUGGGGUCAAGGACAUAAAGAACUGCAGAUGCUGGAAAUCUGAAAUAAAGUCAGAAAGCUCUGGAAACAUUCGGCAGUGUCUGUGCAGAGGGAAGGAGAAUUAACUUUUCAUCUCAAUGGCCCUUUGUUCUGGUAGGACACUGGACUAUAGAAAUGGGAUAAUUAGAGAAACUUCACCUGGGUAUUUGGGGAGAAGACUGUUUAAAAUGUAUAAUGUACUAUGAUGUGGGGGAGCAGAGUGAGUGAGGGGUGAGCCGGAGAGUAAGCCUCUCUCAACUCAAGAACAGCUGAUUGCUCAUACAACUUUAAACUUGAAUCUGGAUAUAUUAUCUGUCAGCUUUGAGUGAAUCAAGCAGGUUUGUUGAAGAGGGUUCAGAGGUGGUCCACGAGAACGAUUCCAGGAAUGAGUUUAACUCAGGAGCGUUUGAUGGCUCUGGGCCAUUACUCCCUGGAGUUUAGAAGAAUGAGAGGAGAUCUCACUGAAACAUUGAAUAUUGAAAGACCUGGAUAGUGUGGAAGUGGAGACAAUGUUUGUCUAUUGUGGGGGAGUUUAGGACCACAGGGCACAGCCUCAGAAUAGAGGGACACCCAUUUAGAGUAGAGAUUAGGGACAUCCAUUUAGCCAGAGGGUGGUGAACCUGUGGAAUUCAUUGCCACAGACAGCCAUGGAGACCAAGUCAUAGAAAAGUACAGCAGGGAUACAGACCAUUUGAAUAUAAACUUAUUUGAAUUCAAGUCAUUGAAAAUAUUUAAAGCCAAGGUUGACUGGUUCUUGAUUAGUAAGGGUGUCAAAGGUUAUGGGUGAAGGCAGGAAAAUGGCAUUGUGAAGGAUAAUAAGUCAGCCAUGAUGGCAUGGCAGAGCAGACUCAAUGGACCGAAUAGCCUAAUUCUACUCCCAUGUCUUAUGGUUUAAAAAUGGCUAGAUACAGAUUAAAGCUCCCUCUAUAUCAUCCUUCUCACCCGAUCAGAGCAGGGUCAGUGUGAUACACAGUGUCUCACUUACUUCAGGAUAGGGGAGCACAGACUGGGAGCACACGUACACACAGUGCCCCUCCACUACACUGUCAAAAAGAGACAUGUUGCUCCCUCUUGUGUUGUUCAGCUGUUGGCUGCAUUCUGACAACUCUGCAUUUAAAACCAUAAGAAAUAGAAGCAGAAUUAAGCCAUUCAGAACAUCAAGUCUGCUCUGCCAUUCUCUCAUAGCUGAUUUAUUAUUCCCCUCAACCCCAUUCUCCUGCCUUCUCCACAUAACUUUUGAUACCCUGACGAAUCAAGAACCCAUCAACCUCCUCUUUAAGUGUACCCAAUAAUUUGGCCUCCACAGCCAUCUGUGGCAAUGAAUUCCACAGACUCACCAUUCCUUGUCACCUCUGUUCCUUCUGUUCUGAGGCUGUGCCCUCUGGUCCUAGACUCUCCCACUAAAGGAAACACCCUCUGCACAAGCAAGGACUUCCUUGUACUAUGUUUGUUCUCUGAAAGUCUUUGUUUAUGAAGAGAGAGCUGCUGAAUGAACACUCAGAAAUCAGGAACAAGGUGGAGGGGAAUACAGGCCAUUCAGCCCCUCAAGGGAUCUCUAGCAUUUAAGCUGGUGAUGGCUGAUCAUUCACUUGUGUUUGUGAUGUUAAAACAGGGGUUCCCAACCUUUGUUAUGCCUUGGAUCCCCUACCAUUAACUGAAGAGUCUGUGGAUCCCCUGCAUGAGAGGGUGCACUGACACAGGGCUGGAUCUCACACUCAUGGCUGGGUCUGAGGGUCACUAAAGUUUGUCCCCACCUCUUCCUUUGCUUGGUAUCCUCACUCACUGGGCUUUGUCAAGCUAGGAGCAGGCAGGGUGUAGGAAUCUUGAGUCCUCCACUGACAGUUCUCACCUCGCCACUCUCAUUCUCCCACCAGCCAUCUCCCUGUAGUGAUUACCCUUUCUGUAAAAGCACACACCUCUCAUGUUUUAACAGCUACUGUAAAGUAAAUUGCUUUCAGUUAAGGUUCAGUAAACCAUCUGAUCCAAGUCCCUCUGAGACCCUCUUUUGUGCACAUUAGGCUGUGCAGAAGUCUCUGACUGCAGCCUGUAAUGUGUGUCUGGGUCACAUGCUGCCCGAGAGAAACUGGCCCCUACAGACUCCCAUGAGACUCCCAAUUCACUCAUCUGUCUCAUUUCCACUCAAAUGACUUAAUUAUAAAGCUGUAUGUGUUAAAGGGCCAGUCCAUCCCAGCCAGAUAUGAAUUAAAUAUUAAACCCUCCCAUUAGCUCCUCUCGAAUGCAGAAUUUCAUCUUUAAAUCCCAUUCUGCCGCAGAGCAGCUGCACCAGGCUGGGAUCUCAGCACAACAGCGGUGGGAUGGACGUGGGCCGCAGGCUGGGGGGGUGGGGGCAGUGAGUGGAACAGGACUCCCAGUUCCAGUUUGUCAACUGGUGCCCACUGUGGAAAUGUCUGUGUGUGAAAGUAUGAAAGCAGACCUAGUUUGUGUGUGUGUGUAUAGGUUUUGUAUGUGUAUAUGUGCAUACAUGUGUGUAUGUGCAUUAAUGUGUGUGUACACUAGAGCUCUGAUCUCUACCCACCCUCACCGACUUUAUCAUGUAAAAGAGAGUGAAAUUGCACAUUAUGGACUGAUACGUGUGCUUUUGGAAACAAGCUUUUAAAAAAAUAUAAUUAUAUUUUAAAAUCUUCUGUGAGUUCUUAUUUUUCUCCAUUCCGAUGACCACAGGAAGAAACAGCUGGAGUUUCUAAGAAGCUCCAACCCCAGGUCCCAAACUGCGUUACAGCCAAGGACAUCUCUUUGUAAAGUAGCAAUCAUUGCAACCCACAAACUGCUGGGAACCUGGCCACAAUCUGGUGUUUAGAGUUUUUCCAUUGAAACCUAUCAAAUACUGAAAGGUCUGGAUAGAGUGGAUGUGGGAAGGAUGUUUCCCUUAGACCAUAAGGCAUAGGAGCAGAAUUAGGCCAUUUGGUCUGUCGUCUGCUCCACCAUUCAAUCAUGGCUGGUCCCUUUUCCCCAUAACCUUCGAAGCCAUGUCCAAACGAGAACCUAUCAAUCUCUGCCAAAUGACCUGGCCUCAACAGCUCCCUGUAGUAACCAGUUCCACAAAUUCACUACCUUCUGGCUAAAGAAAUUUCUCUCCAGCUGUUUUAAAUAGAUGCCCCUCUAUCCUGAGGCUAUGCCCUCUUCCCAGAUUUCCCCUUUGUGGGAAACAUCCUUUCCACGUCUACUCUAUCUAGCCUUUCAACAUUUGAAAGGUUUCCGUGAAAUCCCCUCCCCCAAAUCUCCUAAAUUCUGGCGAGUACAGGCCAAAAGCCAUCAAGCGUUCCUCAUAUGAUAACCCUUUCAUUCCUGGAAUCAUCUUUUUGAAUUUCCUCUGCACCAUCUCCAAUGCUAGCACAUCUUUUCUUAGAUAAGGAGCCGAAAACUGUUCACAGUACUUAAGAUGAGGCCUUACCAGUGCCUUAUAAAGCCUCAGCAUCACAUCCACUUUUCGAGACCUCUUGAAAUGAAUGUUAACAUUGUAUUUGCCUUCCUCACCACCAACUCUACCUGUAAGUUAACACUUGGGGUGUUCUGCACAAAGAUUCCCAAGUCCCUUUGCAUCUCAGAUUUUUGGGUUUUCUCCCUGUUUAGAAAAUAGUCCGCACAUUUACUUCUACUACUGUAGUGCACAACCUUGCAUUUUCCAAUAUUGUACUUCAUUUGCCACUUCCUUGCCCAUUCUCCUAAUCUAAGUCUUUCUGCAGCCUACCUGUUCCCUCAAUACUACCACAAUUUUUCGUAUCAUCUGUAAUCUUAAAGCAUCUUUUCCAUCAUUAGAACAGAGUUGAGGAUGAAUUUCAUUUACAGAAGGCGGUGAAUUUGUGGAAUUCAUUGCCACGGACAGUGUGGAGGCCAAGUUGUUAGAUAUAUUUAAAGCAGAGGGUGAUAGGUACAGUAUUUGUUUAGGCAAGGUGUCAAAGGUUACAGGGAGAAAACAGGAGAAUGGGUUGAGAGAUAGAGAAUGUAGAUCAUGAUGAAAUGGCUGAGCACUCGAUGGGCUGAAUGGCCAAAUUCUGUUAAUGGGGUUAAGUAUUGUGAAAAACCUGUUGGAAAUUCCUCCUUGUGGCUGAAGUAAAUCAGAAUCAGGUUUAUUAUCAGCAGCAUGUGAUGUGAAAUUUGUUAACUUAGCAGCAGCAGUUCAAUGCAAUACAUAUUUGAGAAGAGAAAAAAAUAAUAAAUUAAAUUUUAAAAUAAUAAAUAGAAUAAUGAUAAACAAGUCAAUUACAGUAUAUGUA